CUCCCCUCCUCUCCCCUUUACCGACGCCUUUUUUCUUCUUCUUCUUCAUCUUCCUAUCAUCCUCGCAAAUACCCCCCCCCCCUCGUUUAUCCCCUCUCGAUGCAUCGCAACACUUUCUGAAGGGAUCGCAGGAAAGAGGAAGGAAAAAAAUGAGGAUUAUAAUUUUUUCUUGGCACUUUUUCUGGGUGUAUUCCGCCCUUUGGGCGCUGGUGACGGGGGCUUUCCCCAGCUCGGUGCAGAUAGGUGGGUUGUUCAUUAGGAAUACCGAUCAGGAGUAUACAGCGUUCCGACUAGCGAUCUUUCUUCACAACACCAGCCCCAAUGCUACAGAAGCACCCUUUAACCUGGUGCCCCAUGUGGACAACAUUGAGACGGCCAACAGCUUCGCCGUCACCAACGCGUUCUGCUCUCAGUAUUCACGUGGGGUCUUCGCCAUCUUUGGCCUUUACGAUAAGCGCUCGGUGAACACGCUGACGUCCUUCUGUGGGGCCCUGCACAUCAGUCUGGUGACGCCAAGCUUCCCCACUGAAGGAGAGGGACAGUUCACGCUGCAGCUCCGACCUUCCAUUAGAGGAGCUUUGUUGUCACUGCUGGACCACUAUGACUGGAGCAGAUUUGUCUUCCUCUAUGACACUGACAGAGGUUAUGCAAUACUGCAGGCAAUUAUGGAGAGAGCAGGGCAGAACGGGUGGCAGGUAAGCGCAAUAUGUGUGGAGAGCUUCAAUGAGGCAGCAUACCGUCGUCUCCUGGAGGACCUGGACCGGCGGCAGGAGAGAAAAUAUGUCAUUGACCUGGAGCCUGAGAGGCUGCAAAGCAUCUUGGAGCAGGCUGUCAGUGUGGGGAAACAUGUCAAAGGUUACCACUACAUUAUAGCAAACCUGGGUUUUAAAGACAUAUCUCUGGAGAGGUUCAUGCAUGGUGGAGCCAAUGUGACGGGUUUCCAGCUGGUGGACUUCAGUAAGCCUAUUGUCAUUAAACUCAUGCAGCGCUGGAACAAACUGGACCAGAGAGAGUACCCGGGAUCUGAAAGCCCACCUAAGUACACCUCGUCGCUAACGUAUGAUGGCAUUCUUGUAAUGGCUGAAGCAUUCCGCACCCUUCGUCGCCAGAAAAUUGAUAUCAGUCGACGUGGCAACGCUGGUGACUGCCUGGCCAAUCCAGCUGCUCCUUGGAAUCAAGGAAUUGACAUGGAGCGUGCACUCAAACAGGUGCGCAUUCAUGGUUUGACUGGGAACAUCCAGUUUGAUCACUACGGACGGAGGGUCAACUACACCAUGGAUGUGUUUGAACUGAAAAGCAACGGACCACGUAAGAUUGGCUACUGGAAUGACAUUGAUAAACUGGUUUUGGUCCAGAAUGAAAACGCUCUGUCCAAUGACAGCUCAGCAAUGGAGAACCGAACAGUUGUCGUGACAACCAUCAUGGAGGGUCCUUAUGUGAUGCUGAAGAAGAACUGGGAGAUUUAUGAAGGCAAUGACCAAUACGAGGGAUACUGCGUGGAUCUAGCCUCUGAGAUCGCAAAACAUAUCGGAAUCAAAUACAAAAUCUCCAUUGUCCCAGACGGGAAAUAUGGCGCCAGAGAUCCAGACACGAAGAUAUGGAAUGGAAUGGUGGGAGAGCUCGUUUAUGGGAAAGCUGAGAUUGCUGUGGCCCCGCUGACCAUCACUCUGGUGAGAGAGGAGGUGAUCGAUUUUUCCAAGCCCUUCAUGUCUCUGGGAAUCUCUAUUAUGAUCAAGAAGCCCCAGAAGUCUAAACCUGGUGUCUUCUCUUUCCUGGACCCACUGGCCUACGAGAUCUGGAUGUGCAUUGUGUUUGCUUACAUUGGAGUCAGUGUGGUGCUGUUCUUGGUGAGUCGCUUCAGCCCCUACGAAUGGCAUGCUGAGGAACCAGAGGAGGGCGCCACAGAGCAAGGCCCCACUGACCAACCCCCCAAUGAAUUUGGCAUCUUCAACUCCCUCUGGUUCUCACUGGGAGCCUUCAUGCAGCAGGGUUGUGACAUCUCACCACGCUCUCUGUCCGGCCGUAUUGUUGGAGGUGUUUGGUGGUUCUUCACCCUCAUCAUCAUCUCCUCUUACACAGCAAACCUGGCUGCUUUCCUGACAGUGGAGAGGAUGGUCUCCCCCAUAGAGAGCGCAGAGGACCUAGCCAAACAGACAGAGAUAGCCUACGGGACCCUGGACUCAGGUUCUACUAAAGAGUUCUUCAGGAGAUCCAAAAUAGCUGUUUAUGAGAAGAUGUGGUCGUAUAUGAAGUCUGCUGAGCCGACUGUCUUCACUAAAACCACAGCUGAGGGUGUGGCGAGGGUCCGUAAGUCCAAGGGGAAGUACGCCUUCCUGCUGGAGUCCACCAUGAAUGAGUACACGGAGCAGCGCAAGCCAUGUGAUACCAUGAAAGUCGGGGGAAACCUGGAUUCCAAAGGAUAUGGAAUUGCAACCCCGAAAGGCUCACAGUUAAGAACCCCGGUAAACCUUGCAGUUUUGAAACUGAGCGAAGCAGGCGUCUUAGACAAACUGAAAAACAAAUGGUGGUAUGACAAGGGAGAGUGUGGACCCAAGGACUCUGGAAGUAAGGACAAGUCAUCUCAGGCUCUGAGCCUGUCAAAUGUGGCUGGGGUCUUCUAUAUCCUCGUGGGUGGCCUGGGCCUGGCCAUGCUGGUAGCUCUGGUCGAGUUCUGCUACAAGUCACGGGCCGAAGCCAAGCGCAUGAAGCUGUCUUUUUCUGAAGCCAUGCGGAACAAGGCCCGUCUGUCCAUCACAGGAAGUGUGGGGGAGAAUGGCCGAGUCCUGACGCCAGACUGCCCCAAAGCCGUGCAUGCUGGCCCUGCCUCUCUCCGACACCCUGGCCUUGCAGUGGUCUCCUCUGGACUGCCCUGAAAACCAAAAACAACCUGCUGUGCCUUAGCAACACGCACAUAUAUAAACCCAUUUAAGACGACAUGCUGUCCCGCGUUCACACACAUGCCAUAAUCAUAUAUACGCAAGCUGAAAUACUCACAUAUACCUAUAUAACUCACACUUGAAACCACACAGCGCAUCAUCAUCAACCUCAACAACAACAACAUCAUCAGUUUCCCGCUGCCAUUGACUUAUUUUCCAAGUGAAAUACAGCUGCGGAGUAAAUGUUGGGCAAAGAAAACAGUUGACUGCCACAUUUGCCUGCAGCAUUCUUUUUUAUUUAAAUUUUUUGUUGUUUUUGAGGAUAUUAUCAGGAUAUCGACACACCGACAGCAAAGCCAGCACAGACUUACACAAAAUGAACUAUGAGCCGUGAACACGACAAAUAAGCCGACAACGAUAUCGACGGUUGCGGCUGAAGGUGGGAAGAAAACCAGACGACUUUCUGUUUUCUUUGAACAUUGUUGGCCAAUAAUCGACACCCCUUGACUACGCCUUACGGACAGUGUUUCUGUCAUCUUCAUUGCCUGCAAAGACUGAGUGCCAGGUACAUCACCCUCAGAAGACCAGAAAACUGUAACGCGUGAACAUUUCGACUGAGCGGGAACCGCUUCUUUGCCAUGGACUACUCAAACGGAAUCAAAAUGCUUUCGUACUACAUGUAGGGAAUGGUUUCGUUCCCAAAUCGGCGAUACAAUUAGCCACUAUAGAACAGAAUUAACCUUGAAUACAUGUAUGGCCCAAUGUGGCCAUAGAAUACGCAGGAGUUCAAAAAAGAAAAAAAAAAAAGCAGUAGUAAUUAAUAAAGUUCUUCAUCGAGAACAUUAUGAUAUUAGAAAUGCUAAAUACGGACCUGAUUACCUUUUGCCAAGUGGCAAACUCAAGAUCAAGAUGUAUAUUUUGUUUUGUUUUUUCUUUUUACGUGGAAGGAUCUCAGAUGUGUAGCUAACAAACUGGAUCUCAGCGGGAACACUGGAAUCCCUGCAGAAGAUUACAAAAUAUUCAAAGACUGGAAACAGUGUUUAAAAUUAAAAUUAUUCACCCCCUUUACAUGAUUUGUUUUUUGAAAG